CAGUAAGGCUCUACCAUCCUCUGUUGAAUAAGAGCAUCCUUUCAGUGUCGAUAGAGAGAAUAUAUUCCCAGAGAAGCUGUCUAUGACUUCCGACUAGUAUCGUUUAUUGACAUUAAAAAGACAUCAUGGCGAAAAACCGAAAAGAGAACAGAGACAGUUGGGGCUCUUUCACGGAUAAAGUUUAUGACUGGAGCUCGGAGGAGGAGGAGCCUGAUGGAAGAGCUAGACCGGUUCAGGUGCUGGUUGUCAAGGAUGACCACACGUUUGAGCUGGACGAGGUGGCGUUGAGCCGCAUCCUAUUGGCGGAGGAAGUGAGGGACCGGGAGGUGGUGGCCAUAUCCGUGGCUGGAGCCUUCCGGAAGGGCAAGUCCUUCCUUAUGGACUUCAUGCUACGCUACAUGUACAACCAGGCAUCUGAGGAGUGGCUGGGGGAGUCUGAGGAGCCCCUGACAGGCUUCUCCUGGAGGGGCGGCUCCGAGAGGGAGACCACCGGGAUUCAGAUCUGGAGCGAGGUCUUCCUGGUCGACAAACCAGAUGGAAGACAGGUGGCAGUUCUGCUAAUGGAUACUCAGGGCACUUUUGACAGCCAAUCAACGCUGAGAGACUCAGCUACAGUGUUUGCACUGAGCACAAUGAUCAGCUCCAUGCAGGUAUACAAUAUCUCACAAAAUGUCCAGGAAGAUGACCUUCAGCAUUUGCAGCUCUUCACUGAGUAUGGUAGACUGGCUAUGGAGGAGACAUUCCUUAAACCUUUUCAGUCUAUGAUUUUCCUCGUUCGAGACUGGAGCUUCCCCUACGAGUUCUCCUACGGCCAGGAAGGAGGCAUGAAGUUCCUCGAGAAAAGACUUAAGAUCUCAGAGAACCAGCACGAGGAGCUGCAGAACGUCCGCAAACACAUCCACUCCUGUUUCACCAACAUCUCCUGUUUCCUCAUGCCCCAUCCAGGCCUCAAAGUGGCCACCAACCCUAACUUUGACGGCAGACUCAAAGAGAUCGACCGGGAGUUCAUCAACAACCUGCAGGUGCUGGUGCCCUGGCUGCUGAGCCCACGCAACCUGGACAUGAAGGAGAUCAACGGCACUAACAUCACCUGCCGAGGUCUGCUGGAGUACUUUAAGGCAUACAUUAAAAUAUAUCAGGGCGAAGAGCUACCACACCCCAAAUCCAUGCUGCAGGCCACAGCAGAGGCCAAUAACCUGGCAGCUGUAGCAGCGGCCAAAGACCUGUACAACAAGAAAAUGGAGGAGGUCUGUGGGGGUGACCGUCCCUUCCUGGCCCCCAGCGAGCUGCAGGCCAGACACGGCGAAAUCCGCGAGGAGGCCCUGGCGGUGUUCAAGGGCGUCAAGAAGAUGGGCGGUGAGGAGUUCAGCCGGCGCUACCUGCAGCAGCUGGAGGGCGAGAUCGACGAGGUGUUCGGCCAGUACAUCAAACACAACGACUCCAAGAACAUCUUCCACGCCGCCCGCACCCCGGCCACGCUCUUUGUCCUCAUCUUCAUCAUGUACGUGUCGGCGGGCAUCACCGGCUUUGUGGGCGUGGACAUCAUCGCCAGCGUGUGUAACAUGAUCCUGGGUCUGGCGCUUAUCACGCUCUGCACCUGGGCAUACAUUCGCUACUCUGGGGAGUACCGCGAGCUGGGCGCUGUCAUCGACCACGUGGCCGGAGCACUCUGGGACCAGGGAAGCACCAAUGAGGCUCUCCACAAGCUGUACAACGCUGCGGCCAGCCACAGGCAGCUGUACCAGCAUGCCUUCCCCGGGCAGCAGGGCGACGAAGGCCCUGAGGAGCCCAACAGGAAGAGGAACUGAGGUGCACACUGGGAGGACCAGAGCACAGCAUGGACUUCUCGGUCGAGUGGU